AUGGCCACGACACUGGCUUCAGGGUAUAUCACACUUCUCAAAACAUCCAUAGGUAGUGGAAUCCUUUCUUUUCCAUACUUGUUCAAGACAUAUGGGAUCCUCAUAGGUAUUGCCUUGACAAUGCUCUCGGGGUUUUUCUCCGUGCUGGGUCUCAUUCUUUAUGCAAUUUGCAGCCAGGAACUAGGGAGAACAGCCACACUCUCAAGGCUUGCCACAGAAAGCAUGCCCUAUACAAGGAUAAUAGUAGACUUUUCAGUAUUUCUCAAAUGCUUCGGUGUUGCUCUCUCAUAUCUCAUAAUCACAAGACAGCUCUUGCCUGUCUUGAUAGAAACGAUCUUCGGGGUUUCAAUUCUUUCGGAUCCAAACAUCUCUCUUCUGGCGUUUAUAUCGUGCAUAGGCCCCUUUGCCUACUUCAAUAAGCUUGAUAGGUUGAAAUAUACGUCCCUUUGUGGAGUUGUUGCAAUAGUUGUGGUGGUAAUUGCAGCACUUUACAGAUAUGAAUACACUCCAGCCUCCACACCAAGCAGAGCAGAAUACUUUGUUCCAUUUUCUUACGCAUGGAUGGGCGGGUUCGGAAAGUUUGUAUUUUCAUUCACCUGCCAUCAGAAUAUAUUUGCAAUCCACUCAGAAAUGGAAGACAACUCUUUUCCAAGGAUGAAACGACUCAUAUACAUGGUUGCUACUUCUGCUGCUGUUAUAUAUAUUUCCUUUGGAAUCCUAAACUAUCUCCUCUACGGGGAUAGAGUCAAGGACAAUGUUCUGGAAAACUAUCCAAAUGAUGUGCUGGCAUCAGUAGUAAGGGGACUUUAUGUGGUGGUUAUGGGUGUCUCGUAUCCGCUCCAAGUGAAUCCUUGUAGAAAUCAUCUCAUAAACAUUAUCUCAUUUACACAAGAGUCGAGAAAGAAACCACUAAGAUUCAUUGUCACAACAGGUAUCAUUAUAUUAACAUGUCUCCUAGCCAUUUCAGGAAUGGGUCUUGGAAUAAUAUACUCUGUCAUAGGUUCAACUGCUUCAACAUUUAUGUGCCUGAUAUUUCCUGCUCUCUUUUAUUUCAAUAUGAACAUAACAAAACCAAAAGGAUUGGUCAUUAUGUCCUAUAUAGCAUUCCUGUUCGGUGUUUUUGUCUUUACUACAUCGCUCUUCAAUAUUAUACUUCACAGCAUUUAG